GUUACGGUAUUGUUAUUGACGAGGUCCAGGUUAGAAUACUUUACCGGCGCAGUUUCCACCCGCAAGUCCCACUUCAUUUCAUGGAUUGGCAGAAAGAAUCAAUCUUUGGAAAGAAUCAGCUUGAAACAUAGUUUUGUAGCUCGGGUUCAGCUGCGGCUGCGGUGCAAGGAUGAGGCGCGAGGACUCUCGCGCUGCGCUUCUGGCGGGAUGGCCCCUGCAGCUCGUGCAACGGACACACCAACGGCCAAGCUCGGGGCCGCGCGGGUGCCGGGCUCACUCGGGGAGGGAGAGCAGUUCCCAGCUUCCCAGGUGCGGGAGUCUCAACCAGCCCGGCGCUGGCGAAGGCAGGAAGCGGCAGGAGAAAGUUGGUGGUGAUCUGCACACGGACUGGCUUUUGAUAGUUCGUGCGGGAAUUUCGGUUUUUCAGGGCCCUGAACAAUAAACUGCAAAACAAAAUGGAACUCAUUGAUAAUGGAUUUUAUGCAGACACGAUGUGGAUUCAAUGUGAAAAUGAAGAUUGCUUGAAAUGGAGGCUUUUGACAAUUGAGGAUGCUGCAUCUGUGGAUUCAAGUAAACCCUGGUACUGUCACAUGAACAAUGAUACGUGGUUUAACUGCUGUUCUGUGCCUGAAGAGAGUUACCCUGAGGAAUCUGUAUUCCACCAAUGUGGAUUGAAACUUGUCUACUCACAACUUCCUGUGGGAACUCUAGUUUUAGCCAAGAUGUCUGGAUGGCCGAGUUGGCCUUCCAUCCUCUGUCCAGAUUGUUUUACUGGAGAGUAUGUAAUUUAUGACAAAGAUGGCUUUGUGGAACAAUAUCAUACGGAAUUCUUGGGAAAGCCACAUACCAGGUCAUGGAUUUUGAUGGGAUACAUUGAGCCUUAUUACACAAGAGGCAAAUUGGCAAUUGACUAUAAAAGAAGCAGACAGUGGUAUAAAAGUGCAGUAGAAGAAGCAAAAAUGUUGAAAGAGUUUACUUCUGAAGAAAGACUCAAAAUGUGCAAGCUCAACAAGGAAGCAUUGAAUAGAUCAUACAACAGAAAGAGCAGAAAUUUUAUGCAAGACAGAUCAAUGGCAAGGACAAAAGAGAAUUUGAUGAGGGACCACCAGCAGUCUAAUAAAUGGAUAAGACAGUCUACAUCAGGAAAAUGUAAGAGGAAACUUCAAAAAGCCACACAGGAUUCUUCACCAAUAAUUCAUCAAAAUGACACAUUGGCAAGUAAAACAAAGGAUGUUUUGCAAGCAGAAGAUUUAUUGCAGGAUUUGGAAAAAAUGCUGCAGCAAAUUAACAAAAUGGAGAAACUUGCUAGUUCAGUUAUGUCAGAAAAACAAGUGAAUAGCAAUAAAUAUGGUCAGAAAAACAAGGUAGGGAUAACAAUGAGAUAUUAAACAUAGGACUGAUACUUGGCUUUGAUUACUGGGGAUAAAUAGAAUAAUUCUCAACCGGUUAUGUUAUUUUAUUAUUGGUUAAAUAAAUUUAAACCUCUGAGAUUAGUUCCUGGUGGGUAUUUGCAAUUUAUAAUUGGUAUUCCUUAAAUAAAUCAUAAAGAUUGUUAAUGUUUCAAAUGGUUGCUAAUUAUUUUUACUCCCUAUCCCAUUCCCAUACUGACCUUUCUAUCCUGAGCCUCCACCAUUGACAGUGAGGCCACACCCAAACUGCAGGAACAGCAUCUCAUAUUCGGCCAUAUUAAGUAACUAAUCCACAUUGCCCUUUUUCCCUUCUCUUUU